AUGUAUCCGCUACGAAAACUAUACGAAUGGAUAUUACUCUUAUGUUUAACGAUCGCUAUCACUUGGAAUCUAUUUACUUUGAUUUGGUCUGAAAUACCACCUAACACUUCUUCGACUUACAAAUAUGAGAUUGAUUUAAUAAAUCAAAAUUUAGAUUCUGAUUUAAUACUUGAAAAUCUCUUUGCUCCCGCUGAGAAUUUCACAUCCCCUCAUUUAAUAGAUAUCGAAAUUAAUCAAUCCUUUUGUCACAGAUCAAAAUGCAAAUUUUUAUUUAUGUAUAAUACUAUUAAACGGGAAUUUGAUGAUGAAUUUAAUGCUCAAAGACAUUUUCAAAUGUUCAUAAAUUUUACUCGUCAAUUAAAUCGUACAAUGAUUUUACCUAAUGUAGGUAAAUCCCAUAUAAGUGUAUGUAGGAGACAUUCAUUUAAUUUUUAUUAUUCCAUUGAAAACCUAGAGCAAAUGUAUCCCGAUGUUUCAUUCAUGUUACAAUCUGAUUUUUUACGUUGGACAAAAGAACGUUACAUAAAACCCACAGUAAUACAAACCACGAUCAUUGAAGGUCGAGGAAAUGGAAAUCAUUCAAUGCAACCACAAUUGGUUGAUGUAGAAGAUUUAAAAGAUCGAAAUUGUUUAAAAGAAAAAAUCGAAUCAAUUGAAUUUUCUGAUCAUUUAAUUAUAAAAGCUUCCAAUAUAUCCGAUCAUCUUGAUCCUUACAUUGCUAUAAAUUGGAAAAUGGAACAAGUUAAACAAGAAAAUAUGGUAAUGUGUGCCAGAAAAUUAAUACGAGAAGUUAACAAAUUAAAAUCUCAACAUAAUAUUUCAAAUAUUUAUCUGGCUACCGAUUAUCCAUUAAAGAAUAAUUUAAGACAAUUUUAUUCACUUCGAAAUAUUACACAUUUUCAUGAUAAAGCAAUAAAAACUUUAAGACGAAAAAUUAAAUUUAAAAGUUGGACAUCAUUUGAUCCUCAAGAUCAAAAUGGUCACAUCAUUCGACAGAAAGCAUUUGCCGAGUCAGGUAUACCAGGAAUUUUAGAUAAAUUAGUUUGUACUCGAGCAAAGAUAUUCUUAACUGUACCUCCAUCUUGUAAAAAUAUAAUUAGUGAUUAUUCACAAGGACGAGAAAAAUUAUUAGAAGAAAAUGAAAAUGAGGAAUUUAUUCAAUAA